AUGUCAAGCACGGGCAAGAAGUAUGCCUACACCACACUCAUCACUCGGGCCUCAUAUCUGGGAGGUGUGAUAAUACUGGCUCACACUCUGAAGAAACAAGGCUCGAGGUAUCCCUUGAUUGUCUACUACACAACGAACAUGAGAACAGAGGCCAUCAAAGCUCUCGAGCUCGAAGCACCAAAACUCAACCUCAUUCUCAGACCAUGCGAACUUCUGCUCCCAGCGGCGAAUAUAAAAGUCACAUUGAUAGCGGAACGUUUUGGCGACACCUGGACCAAGCUACGAGUGUUCGAGGAUCUUUACUCAUACGACGCUGUCUGCUACCUGGAUGCCGACAUGGCGAUCUUCCGGAAUAUGGACGAAGUCUUCUGCGAUGUCGAUUCUCUACCUUCGGAUCAUAUUGCAGCAAAUCACGCCUGUGUCUGCAAUCUCGACAAUGAUCCGUGGGCGCCAGAAGACUGGAAUGUCGAGAACUGCGCAUACUCGCCACUCUCACAUCCAGGAGCCUUGACAAAGCCAACGCAGCAGACGCCCGAAAGCAGAGGAACAUAUCACCUUCUGAACUCCGGCAUGUUCCUCUAUCAUCCUAGCAAGGAGCUUUGGGAGCGGAUGCUGCACUUCUUCAAUACCUCAGAUAAGCUCUCCACGUACAAGUUUCCCGACCAGGACUUUCUCGCGGACUUCUUCAAGAAUAAAUGGCGAGCUCUCGGAUAUCAGUAUAAUGCACUGAAGACCAUGCGAUAUAUUCACGCCAACAUCUGGCGGGACGAUGAAGUCGUGUGCCUGCAUUACAUCGUCGACAAGCCAUGGGUGACUCGCGUUAGUGCGGACGGAACAGCGGGCUUUAAGGGCAAGGAUGGAGAGACGCACACUUGGUGGUGGAACAAUUACGCUCAGUGGCAGCGGGAGCGGGAGUCGAGUGGCGACCAGGAGAUAGUGAAGAUCAUGAAGCAACAUGUGGCGCAGGAGGAUGGCAGCCAAAAUGACGAUCCUGAUAUGAGGGCUAUCGGUACUGGUGUGCAGGCUUUCGCCAACAACAAGUCGGACGAGGAGGACAAAGCGCCAAGCUCGAACGACGCCAAGGGCAGCGAUAAUAAAUCCAUGCCAAGCAAUGGCAACCCUUUCGAAAAGAAGGCGUUAGGCGAGCGUGGGCACGGCCCAGUCUCACAUGGCAGUGGGAAAAUGGUACUAUGA